UGACAUUUUGCCAAAGGUUAAAGCUAAGCUAAUAAAUGAAAGUGCGCUGGUUGAGAUUCUGGUUACUUUCGAAAAUUCAGCAUUCACAAAUCAUCGAGCGGAUACAUUCUUGACCCUAAGAAAGAAGGAAAUCGAAACUAUCACCUUGAUAAUAGACAAAGCCCUGAAGGAUCCAAAGAUGUCUCUAUCAGACGUUAAAAAUGCUGUUGAUAAUGAGUGCAUAUUUAAAGGGGAAUCCAGCUCUGCUUUCGUUCUUAAACUGCUCCCUUCAGAAGAUAUUACCCAACAAUUCUUAAAUUCAAGGGGAACUUGGUCUGAAGAACAGGCAUGGUUCUCCAACAACAUCCUAAAAGUGAAAGAAAUUGGAAAUCGAAAGCGGGUGUUUGAAAGCUACGUCGACACCAACAAAAAGGAUGCAGAGAGAUCACAGUGCUUCUUGAUAAGACUAGAGAAUAUAUCAGACGAUCCAGACGACAUCUCUGAAGUCCAACUGUACGAAACUGGAAGCCAAUUUGAAACGGACUUCAGGCCUCCACAAGCACCUCCAACUCCAAAGUGCCCGAUUGAUGAAAUCGGAUCAAACAGUAUGAAAAUUGUCUCCAGAAGGACAGAUAACGCUCAAGUAACUGGACAAGAAGUGUUACUGGAAGAGGUGACUGCUGGAGGAGAACUAGCUAAAUCGUCAGUUUUCGUUCCUAACGAAGAUUCAUUUGUGGUCGAAGGCUUGAAACCGUUCACUCAGUUCCUUAUAAAAACUAGGUACGUCGUGCAUGAUGGUCAUAGUUACAGUGACGUCACAGAGAGCCUGAACGACUGUGUUACAAAACCUACUUCCCCUCCCACAGCCCUGAAAGUAACAGGCACCACGGCUACUUCAACCAUUUUACUGUGGUCUAAACCUGAACACAUUCACCCAGCAUUUGCAAAAACUCCAAUUAAAUACAGAGUAAAGGUGUACAAGGAUAGUAUAGUGGUCACAGAUCAGGAAACCAGCGAGCUGACUAGCUCGGUGCAGGGUCUUCAGCCCGGUACUCUGUACUCUGUCACUGUCACUGCAGAGGUCCUUGAUGACAAGACGGCCGGUAAAAUCAGUCUUAAUGCUAAGGCAGACUUUGCAACUGCCCCGGCCGCUCUUGCAGCUCCAGUUCCAGGUCAGAUCCAAGACAACAGAGUGAGAUUCCAAGUGAAGGUUGGAGACGUCAGCGUACCGGCAGGAGUGACAAAAGAACUGCUCUCGAUCAAGUACUACAAGAUUAACAACAAUCAGGUUGUUAGUGGAACUGAAGUCUACUACAUGCAGCGUCUUCAGGAUCAAGAAAACACCGAGAUAGACAUUGCUAGUUUUGAAACUGGAACGUCUUAUGGAGUGCAAGUUAAACUUUUGGUAAAGCAAGGAGAUAACAUGAUAAGCUCAGACUACUCAGAUCCAACACUGAUCACCACCACCAGCUCCGGCUCUCCGAUAGACCACCUCCGGGAGAAUAUCAGCAACUUCCAGUCUUCUUCUGAACAGCAAUUAGACCAUGCAAACUCUCAGAAGGACCAGCUCAUUUCCACGCUAGAUAAUACAGAAAAGACGUUCAAUGAUGCAAAAUCUGGAGGGCUACAACAGAUUCUUGCAAUGUCGCAAAAGAUUUCCCUGGAUUUCGUGGGAGUUCAGCAAAAAUCAAAUGGCCUGCAGAAAUCAAAGUGCUUCUUGGAUGGAUUUCAGAUUUGGGACCAAUCUGACAGUCUAUUAAAUACGCUAUAUGUCAACUCGGAGGCUGACUGUCUAGCUAAAUGCGCCGAUACUGACGGCUGUUCCAGUGCCAGUGUCGAAAACAUUAAAAAUGGCAAUAGAAUAACAUCACGAAAGUGUCUUCUUGGAAAAAAUCGAAAUGGCUAUAUGCUGUAUCCUCAGAAAAACUUCAUGUCGGCAAACAUGUAUUGCCAAUUGACAGAAUCUGCUACAAUCGACACCUGGAAAGAAUGCGUCCAAGAAAACAUCAAUUAUCCCGGUGCAGAAAUCGUCAAUUCGGCUGGAAUAAGUAAUAUCGGAGAGUGUGCAGCAUUCUGCCAAACUGUGGAGGGUUGUGUAGCAGCUUCGUUCAACAAACCAUCCAAGACAUGCUACGCUAAAAACAAAAGAAACGGAGACCGGGUCAAUUCAGACAGCAAUACAGUCAGCAUCUCCUUGAUGUGCCUAAGUGCAAACCGAGGUGGAAUCAGUCGAUGUGCGAAGAGUGGAGUCAGGUUCACUGGAUCAGUCAUCCAUACGACAUCAACAGCUUCUCUUGAUCUCUGUAUCCAGUUCUGUGCUAACAAAGACAACUGUGAGUCUGUGUCAUACAACAGUUCUUCAAGGAGUUGCGAGGCACACAACAAGCGACUUGGAGCUAGCAGAGGAAAUGUGGGCGGUUGGACAAGCGUCAACAUUUACUGCUUGGGGUUGCAGCACUUUUAGGAUGACUGGUGGCGUUCAAGAGGUGAUCUAGAAUAAUAAAGGUCCGGAGAGAGAAUAUUCCCGAAGUAGAAACCUAGGACAUUCACCUAAACAAAGGAAAUUAGUUAGAGUGAUUUCAUACUAAAGACUCAUAUAUAAUCGGAUAGUUGUAUUUUCAUUUUAUUUCCAAAUUUCACUUUCAUUAAAUUGU